AUGAUUGAUUUCUCUAUCAUCUUCUCUUACGCUCAUGCAAUCAUCGCAAUCCUUGGAAUGCUGUUCAACGUACUGUUGGCAUACAUGGCUUUGUUUCAAACUCCUCGUGUCAUCAAGUCAUAUGCCACGUUGAUUGUUAACUUCGCAGUCACUGAUUUCUUUGCUUGCAUGUUUGAUUUCUUUGUUCAACAAAGACUAAUCCCAACUGGACUGACACUGGCAUACGUUUCAAAUGGAUACUGUAGUCAUUUUGGACCGAGGACUUGUUAUGUUGCAUACAGCCUGAUGCUUCAUUUCCUAUCCCAUUCCCUCUGGUCACUGCUUCUUUCCUUCUCUUAUCGUUGCUACAUUCUCUAUAAACCGGCUCCAACUCGUCAUAUUCUCGUUUUUAUUCUUCUAGUAAUCUACUUACCUUCGCUACUCCAAUGGGUCUCAUUCCUCUGGGCCCAAGAUGAUCCAGAAGAAAUCAGAGAUAUUCUGAAAGAAGCUUUUCCAUCAUACAAUUUGACAGGGCAUACUGUAACUGGAACAAAAAAUAUCCUCUGCUUCUCUGCACUCUACACAAUCCUUCAUAUGACUUUACCCAUCACUCCUGUCUACAUUUGCAUCCUCAUUUUGAGAAGAAAAAUUAUAUCGAGACUCAGUUUUCAAGGAGUCAAUAUAACAAAGGACACUAGAAACUUGCAUUCACAACUUUUAAUGGCUCUAACCUACCAAGCGGCUAUUCCUGGUUUCUAUCUAUUCAGUGUGGCUUCAUAUGCAAUCGGACAAUUCGGAAUCUACAAUCAUCCAGCUCUAGAAUAUUUUACAUUUUCCUCUUUCUUGUUAAUCCCAUUUCUAUCCCCUCUCGCCUCAUUUAUUUUUGUAACUCCAUAUCGCAAAUUCAUCAAACACUCAUUUUUCAAAAUGGCACAUGUGGAACCAGCUGAAACGUCUUCUACACCUCAUAAUUAUACCAGUCACAUUCAUGUUAUUGGCUGA